GUGACGCGGUGCGUGGAGCUGCCGCAGGUCGGCGCCCAGAGGCGCGCGCCCUGCGGCCUCGAGUGGGAGGUGGAGCACCGGAGCCGGAAGGAGCUGAGGAUCACCGCCGUGUCGGCGGGUGGGCCGCUGGAGGCCUCCAACCGCCUUUUCGUUGUGCAGGGCCUGCCCCACUACGUGGUCCUCCCUGGCAUGCGCAUAGGUCCGAGGAGGGCGAGUGGAGGCAGCGGUCAGGGUGUUGCCAGAGAGGAUGUGCGACGUUUUCUGGCGCUCUCGAGGGCUCCCAGAGGUUCCCAGCCUCGGGGUGCCCUCUAG